GAGAGGGGUGCGGGCGCGAGGCAUUGUCUCUUUAUAGAAGUGCGCGAGAGCCAAUGGAGACGCGCGUGACAGAGUUUGGGCAGAAGGGGUUUGUCUCACCUGCUCGAAAUCACUUCAAGAGGAGCGUGAACAGGACAUUUUCAGCUCACGACAAUUAAUACGCACGUAUCGGACAGUUAACACUUCACUUUAGAUAACAGUGAUGAGCUCAAGUCUGGGCCGCGCGCCUUUCUGAGGUACAGCACCACUCCAGAAACGCGUCGUUCUGUCUGCUACAACUUGGCAACUCGUCACUCCGGGAUUUAACAGUGAGCGCGGAGCCCUUUCUACUGGCGAGUUGCUGUUUGAGGCAUCAUCAUGGAACUGAUAAAAAGCCAAACGCAAUGCAAGAAAGUUUUGGAUAACGUUGAUUUAAUCGUGAAGGAGUCGAAGUGAUUUCUGAUCUUCACAGUUUUUGUGCAUCAAAUGGCAGCGAUAUAAAUUGCACGAGCUCUGAGCACUUCAAGGAAGAAUAUUUGUUUUUGUUGUUGUUGGUUUUUUUUAAACAAAAAAAUAAAAUUAUAUACGUCUGGGAAUAAACCGUAUUGCGUUGAAGUUUUAGGAAUUAAACAUCUCAACCCUCCAAGCUGUGAGUGAGUAAAAGACAGAACCACGACGAUGGAGCACACGGGAAUCGAAGAGGUGAACCAGACCCACCAGCAGCACGAACCCAUCAGUUUUGGAAUAGAUCAGAUUCUCAAUGGUUCCGAUCAGCCGAGUAGUUGCAUGCUUCCGAGCCGGACCGGCGACCCGGACUAUGCGCUCGCGCCGAACGUCUACGCCAACGGCUACAACAGCGUGUACAACCCGGCCUGUUCGAUGGCGGCCGGACUGGCAGGUCACUACAAUGUAAACAUGAACAUGAAUGUGAGCAUGAAUAUGAACGUUAACGUGAACUCAGGGAAUGCAGGCGGUGUCAUCCGCGUCCCGGCCCACAGACCCAUGCCACCGGCACAUCACCCACCGACAACAGCCCAUCCACCGGGCAUCGCGGCGGGGAUGCCCACCAUGCCCACGAUACCCAGCAUGGGCAGUCCCGCCAGCUUCUCGUUCCCCUGGAUGGAGAGCAGCAGAAGGUUUGCGAAAGAUCGGCUUACCGCAGCUCUUUCACCGUUCUCCGUGACGCGCCGGAUCGGUCACCCGUACCAGAACCGAACUCCGCCGAAGAGGAAAAAGCCGCGCACGUCGUUCAGCCGCGUGCAGAUCUGCGAGCUGGAGAAGCGCUUCCACCGGCAGAAGUAUCUGGCGUCCGCGGAGCGCGCCACGCUCGCCAAGGCCUUGAAGAUGACAGACGCUCAGGUCAAAACCUGGUUCCAGAACAGAAGAACAAAAUGGAGGAGGCAGACCGCUGAGGAGAGAGAGGCUGAGCGACAGCAAGCCAACCGUCUGAUGCUACAGCUCCAACAGGAGGCCUUUCAGAAGACCCUGAGUCAACCGCUCCAACAAGACCCUCUCUGCCUACACAACUCCUCGCUUUACGCCCUGCAGAACUUACAGCCGUGGGCCGAUGACAACAAGCUACCCAUCUAAGAAAGGGGCCGGGCUAUGUCCUUUCCAACCCAAAACCGCAAAGCUGUCUGAUGAAUUACACCCAUCAAGACGGCUGUCUACGUGCCGUUUGGCAUCAAGGAGACUGACUCAACCCCAGACUCGUUCAUUCUUGUUCUUUUUAUUUGUGUUUUUUUCCCCCUUUGGACUUUGUAAGAUGUGUUUGUGAUGCAUGUUCUCUACAUUUCUUGUAUGAAGAGAUGGACUAAAAACUGUUAGUUCUUUUAAGCUGGAGUCCUUCCUAAAACGCACUUUGGAAGCAAUUAUGGAGGCGCUCUCUCUGGAUUCUUCAUGACGUGACGUUUAAAGGUGUUUUAUAUUAAAAAGAAUCGUGACUUCUAAGACUA